ACCUACUAAGAUGCGGAAUGAGUUGGUCAAUAGGUCUGUUGUCGAGCCAAGAGGAGUCAUAGAUAAAUGUCUUGGUAAAAUAUGCUCAUUUUGGCUACUCUUGUGGACUUCGUUGUUCUCGACAAGAAAGGAUGUGAUACAACGAUUAUCCUAGGUCGGCCAUUCUCAGCCACGACAAGGACUAUCAUUGAUGUGAGUGGGAACAAGAUCAACUUAAGGUUUGGAGAGGAGGAGAUAAGCUAUAAGAUCACUCCAAUCCCCAAUUUGCACAAAUACUUCAAAUGGGAAGAUGUCAAGAUGGAUUGUGAGUCGGUCACACCUCCUACCACACCGCCUUCAAGGCCCGAGAUAGAAUGGUUCAAUAUGGUCGCUCAUACUGACCCCAUGAUAGUAGAGAUGAAGGGGUGAGUGAUUCUUGCAAGUAGGGGUGGAAAUCGGUACGGUAUCGGUAUCCCAAUACCAAAUACCAAAUUCCAAAUACCAAAUUCCAAUCCCAUUCCCAAAAUAAUUUAUGUAUCCCAAUCCCAAUCCGUAAAUAUUUCGGUAUCCCAAUCGGUACUUCGGUAUCCUAAUCGCUAUUAUCAAAUACAAAAUUAAUUACCUUUGUAAUUAAUAAAUAAACAUAUAAAUUAGAUUUUAUUGUUUAAUUUAGGGGGAAAAGAUUAAGAAAAGUGUCUUGAAUUA